AUGGGUAAAGAAACUACCAAAGUAACUAGAAAGGCUGCUGCUAAGGACGAUGACGCUAAAAAGCCUGCUCGUCGUCAAAAGAAGACUACUACUGGCCCUAAGCGUGGUUUAUCCGCGUACAUGUUCUUCUCUCAAGAUAACCGUGAAGUCGUAAAGAAGGAAAACCCAAGUGCUUCCUUUGGCGAAAUUGGUAAACUUCUUGGUGAAAAGUGGAAGAAAAUGACUGAAGAACAAAAGAAGCCUUAUAUUGAAAAGGCUGAAGCUGAUAAGAAGCGUUAUGAAGAAGAAAAGGCUGCUCAAUCUUAA